GGAGGACUCAAGGUACCGAGAGCCAGGACCAGGCUGAGGCGUCUGAAGCUGGGGGACAGCAGUCAGGGACAGAGGACGCCAAGGAAAAGUGAGAGCAGAAGCUUGGGGGUGAGCAAAAGAGCCCCACUCGCGGCUUUUACGCAGGCUGGGGACUCCAUUUAUUCCUUCCGGGCGGGCCGGGUAAGUGCUACGUCAGCUUUAGGUGACCAGACGACGCCACUAGAGUCCUCAGCACUUGUCUAGGGCUCCAGGAGAGGCUGUGGUCAUGGUGAAUGAAGAGCCUAACCAGCAAGAGCGCGAUGGUACCCCUUCGCAGACUUCCGCCCUCGGGGAGAACCCCAGCCUCUUGGCCCAUCCCAGCGUCUCAGCCCAUCCCAGCGUCUCCAUCCACCCCAGUGUCUCUGCGCACCCCAGUAGUUCGGUCCAGCCCAGUAGCUUGGAUCUACCCAGUGGCUUGGCCCACCCCAGUAGCUCGGGCCCUGAGGACCUUAGCGUGAUCAAGGUGAGCAAGCGCCGAUGGGCUGUGGUCCUGGUGUUUAGCUGCUACUCCAUGUGCAACGCCUUCCAGUGGAUCCAGUACGGCUCCAUCAAUAACAUCUUCAUGAACUUCUAUGGGGUCAGUGCCUUUGCCAUCGACUGGCUGUCCAUGUGCUACAUGCUGACCUACAUUCCUCUGCUCCUGCCGGUGGCCUGGCUCCUGGAGAAGUUCGGCCUGCGCACCAUCGCCCUCACUGGCUCUGCUCUCAACUGCCUGGGGGCCUGGGUGAAGCUGGGCAGCCUGAAGCCACAUCUCUUCCCAGUCACUGUGCUGGGCCAGGUCAUCUGCUCCGUGGCCCAGGUCUUCAUCCUGGGCAUGCCCUCCCGCAUUGCUUCUGUCUGGUUCGGGGCUAAUGAGGUGUCAACAGCCUGCUCCGUAGCUGUCUUUGGCAAUCAGCUUGGAAUUGCCAUUGGGUUCUUGGUCCCUCCUGUCUUGGUACCCAACAUCAAAGACCAGGACAAGCUUGCCUACCACAUCAGCAUCAUGUUCUACAUAAUAGCAGGUGUGGCCACUCUGCUUUUCAUCCUUGUCAUCAUCGCUGAGGAAGGGCUGCCUGAUGGCUUUUCAAAGCUCACAGGAUCUCUUGGACGGAGAACUUGGUGUUCCUGGGAAGUAUUCAAGGAGAAGCCUAAACAUCCCCCCAGCAGGGCCCAAUCCCUAAGCUAUGCCUUGGCGUCCCCUGAUGCUUCAUACUUAAGUUCCAUCGUCCGACUCUUCAAAAACCUCAACUUUGUGCUGCUUAUCAUCACCUAUGGUCUGAAUGCUGGUGCUUUUUAUGCCUUGUCCACUCUGCUGAAUCGCAUGGUGAUCUUGCACUACCCGGGCGAAGAACUGAAUGCGGGAAGAAUCGGCCUGACCAUCGUCAUUGCAGGAAUGCUUGGGGCUAUGAUCUCAGGCCUCUGGCUGGAUAGGACCAAAACCUACAAGGAGACGACUUUGGUGGUCUAUAUCAUGACUCUGGUGGGCAUGGUGGUUUACACAUUGACCUUGAACCUGGGACACCUGUGGGUAGUGUUCAUCACGGCUGGUGCAAUGGGCUUCUUUAUGACUGGCUACCUCCCGCUGGGAUUUGAGUUUGCUGUGGAGCUGACAUACCCAGAAUCAGAAGGCAUGUCGUCUGGCCUCCUCAACGUGUCUGCCCAGGUAUUCGGGAUCAUCUUCACCAUCUCCCAGGGCCAGAUUAUCGACAACUAUGGAACCAGGCCUGGGAACAUCUUCCUGUGUGCGUUCCUCACCCUUGGAGCAGUCCUCACUGCAUUCAUUCGGGCAGAUCUCCGGAGGCAGAAAGCAAACAAAGAAACUCCUGAGAAUAAACCCCCGGAGGAGGACGAGAGCAAAACCAGCAAAGCCCCCACUGGUGUAUUGGAGGAGCACUUCUGAGAGAGAAAGGUGGUGAGACUCAGGGAACACGGACCACGCCCACCUCUUCAGCCAGCACAGCUCUCCCUCCCAGCACCGCGGGCUUCACCGGAGCAGCUUUUGGAGGGAACCAGGGGGCAUCGCUGUGGCUUGGACGGCAGUGCCUCCGCCUGGAACCCACCGCAGAGCUGGUGUCGUCUGCGUGGGGGAGACUGCACUUUUCACCACGUGCCGAUCGGCUCCCCGCCCCUCCCCCACCCCUCCCCCACGUAGGUCUGGGAGCUGGUGGGCAGGGGCAGAGGGAAUCCUGGAGUCAGUCCUGGCCGGCUGCCUUGCCUUCCCUCCACCCCAUCCCUCGGGAGAGAGCCUGCAAAUUAUCACGGAAAGAAAGCUUAUUCCGGAGGUUAACUUUUCCUAGUGUCUUCAGACCCUCAGGAGCCCAGUUCUAAGGAGCAGCAGCUGCUCUGGACGAGGGUCAUUCUUGGGCCACCAGACUGACCGCUAACGUUCUGUGGGAGAGAAAACACCAUCAGGACAAACCCCUCAGGACUCUGGGACCAGGUUCUCCCGGCUCACGUUGGCGUCUGUCUCCAAACCCUCUUUCCCAAGAGCUGAUCAAACCAAACAUCAGUAAACUUGACAGAAACUUUGCUGUGGCUGUGAAGGAGAAGCCGGUUUCAGAGAGCUGACCUUCUCGGGAUGUGAGGGUGCUUACGAAUUUGGGGACUCUGGUCCCUAAACGAUUUGGGAAUGGAAAGGUUCUUUUCUACAAAAGAUGUCCUGGCCUAGGGCCUUGUGUGUGUGUCACUGUCACCUCUGCUGCUGUCAUCUGGACGCUGCCCACGUGUUCUCCAGAGGGAGGGCAAGCCCAGCCAACUGCCUGUACCUGUUAGUGAAAACCAACCUGGAUACCUUCCCCCCUGCGAACUCCAAAACGCUUCUGAGAGAUGAAAGGGGCAGAAGGUGGCCACUGAACGGGACUCAGGUCUGCUGGGUUAGAUAAGUGCAUUCCAUCUCUGAUGGGGACAGUAUUUGCAUCCCCACCCCUCCCCUCACCCCCUUCUUUAAUAGCAAUAAUUUUUUCUCAGAUGUUCUGAAUUUAAAGAUUCCCCUUCAACCAGCCCUAGCUGACCUCUCCUGCUUUGCCUGCUGUCUGGCUCUACUCGCGGGCUUGGGUAGUAUUUCCAAAAAUAAGACGUCUUGGUCAUUUCUCCUGUGCGUUGAGUUCCGUGAUCAUGACCCCCGUGCUGCCCUGGCCUCAGCACACUGGAGCAGCCUGUGUGGCAGUGGCGCUGGGGUGCUUGAGCCACUGCCCGAGGGGAGCCAGGGGUGUGUGUGUGUGUGUGUGUGUGUGUGUGUGUGUGUGUACGUGUGUGUGUGUACAGAUAUUCUGUACAUAAUAAAAGAAGUUCACACUUCUGGUGGGAGGACUGAGGUAGGGGCGGAGGGGAGGUGGAGAGUGAUAGCGCCUUACUUUUUGAUAAGGAGAAAGUGUUUACUCUUCAGCCCCUUAAAAUGUAUCAACAAAAUGUUUACUGAAACCAUUGAUCUAUUUAAAAAACAUAAUUAGUAUUUUCUACUUGUUAAUGUCAGAUGUUUUAAGGCAAUAAAAGA